AAGAGAUCAUUCUAGCAGUUAUCUAUUAACAACGAGCAAUCACUAGCCUCGGCUUCAAAUUUGAAUAUUUCCACCGUUGACUAAAUAUAAAAUAAGUAAAAGGGCGUGAAGAAGAAGACUAACACGCAACGCAAUGCUGCCAGAAAUAAACGAAGACGAUGCCGCCAACUUAAGUGCUGCAUUUGUUCAAGACAAUAGUAUUGAAGAGGCAGAAGCAGGCAAUGGAAAACGAGAACAGAGCGCGGAAGAAGAACUUGUAGAGGUAGCAGAAAAUAUCGAAGAAGCACCAGCUCAAAUAGCCGAAAUUGCUGAAGUUACCGAGCCCGAAGCAUCUGUUGGUGAGGUGGUUGAUGUGCCUGGUGAAGUCGAGCCCAAUGAGAAACGCCACCAAAAUGAUGACAGCAACAAGAAUCGCGAGGAUGCAUCAUCCGACGACGAGGAGCAAGAAAACAAUGUAGAAAUGAAUCCCGUGUUCGAAUCAGAAUGGGCUGAUUUGGAAAAAGAUCUGGCAAAGAAGGAGGAUGAGAAGAAUGACUUGGGUAAUGAAAUUGACUCGCUUGAUGCUGUACCGGUGAAUUUGUCCAAUGAUAUUGCCGUAAAUGACCUAGCUGCUCCAGAUACCGGUCUGUCAAUUGAUCCCGAUGCGGAAUUCAUUGAUAUUUCGAGAACAGGUCGAGUACCUGAGUUGGAGAAAUUGAAAAUUACGACUUCCAGCAAUGAAGUUGGUUCCACUUUGCAAGACGAUAAGUAAUUUUACAUAGAAUAUGGACUCAUAUCUGGAGGUAUUUGUUUUACUUUUUUAGUGUAAAAUGCAAACAAUAUGGGUCGAGAUGCACACAUACAUACAUACGUGUGUAAUCGCAUGAGAUUUUUAGGUUAAGUUCCAAGUUUUAUAAAAUUGCCAAUUGAAUUUUUAUGAGACUUUAAAAUUAUUGUUAAAGCAUUUAUGUAUGUAUGUAUUGGAGUUAUAAGCUAAUAUGGGCAGCUUUACAAUUGUUAAUUUAUCAAGUUAAAGACAUGUAUCAAAGCUUUAUGGAAAUGUAGUAAACAUUGACCAAUUUAAAAACUUUUUGUACCUUAGAAUAUUUGCAAUAAUAUGCACUAUCGAACAGAUUCAUAUGUAAACAAUUGAACUUUUAUUGUUAUUAAGUUUUUAAUGCGUAAUAAACAGAAGGUGGACGGCCGCUGUGGCGUAGUCAUUUGCAAUGCGCGCUAUCACUCUUCAAUCCACAAAAAAA